UACAUAUUGAUGGGGUGUAUUGUUUUGAGGUAAUGUUCCUUUGAUGACGGUAAUUAAAUUCUUGCUGGUCAGUAUGUCUCCAAUUUGGACAUUAUGUUCCAGAUUAGUACACAAAUAGCCUGAGGGGGUAAAGUUUGAUGUAAACCAAACAAUUACAUACAUCAAUCUGCUAAUCGAAGUCAAUUAGUCCUUUGAUCGGUUCAUGUAGAUGACAGUAAUUGGUCACAAUACAGUGACCCUCCCCCCUAGUAAAUAUAUGUCGCAACCUUGGUUGACCCUAAGAACACUGAUUAAGGGCGGGUUCUUGACUGACCAACUUGACGCCAUCUUGGAGCAACAUAGUAACAAGGUGGUGGCGCCCUUUUACGGGGCUUUUCAACAGCCAAUGAGCACUUGUUUUACUUUGAUAGUUGGGUUAAUUCCGACGCUCUCUCGAACUCUCAACAUCUCUCUGACUUCCCCGAAUUGGGACUGUGUAUUUAGUUUGCUUUUUGUCGAAUAAAACCACUAUACGAUCACUUAAGACUUUUACUUAACGUGUACACUAAUUACGUAAUAUACGCGUGGUAGUGUUAUACCAGUUAGUGUGUCGGAACUAGCGUUAUUGUCCUUAUCUAAAGAGGUAUAGGUAAUAAAGGUCUAUUUAUAGGCUUAGAUAGGCCUGUCGGUCAGUAUACGUAUGUAUACUUCAGUAAGUAAAUCACAACAAGUGAACGUGAACGGAUUUAAAUCUGAGCAGGCGUCCAUCUGACGAUGUUUACCUAUGGUGUGGGUAAACGGACGUACAUCUGUAGCUGAUGGGCAUACUGCAACUCUCUCAGUGGAAUCAACAUUCCAGGCUGCAGGAAUCAUCGGCCGAAACCCGCGUGGGGAAUUGUUAUAAACACAGCUGCAAGCUAGAACUGACCAGAGGGCUUUAAAUGUCUCUUUUGGAUGGGAAAAGACAAGUUUUUGCACGAAAAGAUUAUCGGCAAUUAUAUAGAAGCUCAUUUUCAUUUUAAAUCGUAAUUCAGCUUCGCAAAAAAUUCGAAAAAGUGAUUCCAUAUGCUUUAACAUGUUCAGUGACAUAAAAGGUUAGGAAUUCAGCAGAACACCGUGAGGUAACACGGUAGGGGUGCGGGAGGGUGUCUGAAUAACGGAGGAUUGGAAGUCGUGUGUUCUUCUCACAAAGCCAUAUUGAUUUAAUGAACCAUGUUAAACGACUGUGACAUCAUGCGGCUAGAAAUACGAAAAGGAAAGUUCUUAUUCAAAAUGGCUGUACGAGGGAAAACUGACAGUCUGCCGAAGUCUCUCAAACAAAAAGAAAAGAACAAGAGAAGAAAGUCUGUUGAGGAAGAAUCACCGGAAGUUGAGGAAGAUUCACCGGAAGCUGUACAAGAGUCACUGAAAGAUAAAAAGUCGCCGGAAGUUGAAGGAAAAUCAUCAGAAGUCGAAGAGUCGCUGGAAGUAGUAACCAAGGAGAUGGAGGAGGAACAGGGAGGCAGAGGUUAUCAGGAUGACAACAUCGGUAGCUUCCCGCCAAUUCAAGUGUGUGAGAGACAUUCCGGUAACUGGCAGUCGUCUACUCUGACCGAUGACGUCAUUGACGAAGCUGGGAAGAUGCAACAGCCUGGACGAAUCUAUGAUGAAGAAGGUAACAUUUACAAAGACGGAGGGGAUUUUAACCUUAUAGAGCGCGCUUUGAUACAUGAACACUAUUUGAAAGAAAUUAAAAGUGACACUAUUGAAACGGACAGUAAAACUUGUGGAGAAGACGAAUUUAAAGAUGCAGAUUUUGUCACUUACAAUGAAUAUGAAACGUCAACAGCAGAUGUUGUCAUGGAAACCAAACCCUAUGAAUAUGUGGAUGUGUAUGGAAAUUCUGAAGAGGAAAUGGACGAUGAAGAACCGUGUGAAUACAAUUACAUCUUGGAUUCGGACGAAUUUCAGUGCGACUCUUCAUUAGAUGUAAGUGAAUCAACCAACCAUAUUUUUAAGUAUACCGAACCAGAAGAUGCAAAUACAAGUGAAACAUACAAACAAAUAACCAGCAAGAUUAGUCCAGAAGAUGAAUUCAAAUACUCAAGCAUUAAGAAAAACGACUGCGUUGACGAGUGUAAUUUUGGUGCAGACGAAAAUAAAUUAUGUGAUGACAAAAUUUGUGUUGGGAGAAUGGAAAGCACUAACAAAGUCACAGACAAUAUCGGCAUAGAGUCAGAUGAAACUAACAGAGUUGGAAGUAGUAUAAUGGAAGACGAUGAAGGUGAAGCGACGGAGACAGAAUUUGAACCGCUAGAGGGCGAUGAAUGGGAAGGCAUGGACACAUUUGACGUCGAUUCCUGCCACCAGGAGAAGAAUUGUGGGGAGUACAAAAACUCCAUUCUAGGUGGCAGUAGUGAUGAAGAGGAUUCGUCGUCUGAAUUAGAGGACCUGAUUGGUCAGUAUGUGACCUACAUGCCGAAAGAGAUCAGCCGCUCCGUUAAUAGUAAGCGCCGCGCCGCACGUGUGCCACCCACGUCUGCCACGUACAGGCGGUGCAGCUCCGAGCUCAGACGAUACUUCUGCGAGCAGUGCGGCCUGUCUUAUCAAUCCUUAACAGAUUAUCAAACUCACAAGAAGACCCAUGGAGAAAACAAAUGUGAGGUAUGUCUUAAACUAUUUAAAAACUCGCUGGGUCUCCUUACACAUUCAAACGCUCACAUUGGCGACAUUUAUUCGACGUGCUCGUUUUGUAAAGUGACAUUUAGUUAUAAGAAAGGUCUUUAUAGGCAUAUACAAAAGCAACACAUGCCCCACAUGUCCUUAAAAACAGUUAUCGGUACUAUAACCACUAAAAACGAUACAUGUUUAUCAUUUAAGAAAUUUACUAUUCCGAAGAUGAAGGAAAUAAGGGAAGGUAUUGCUGGAAAAUCGAAGGAGAAAAGGGCGAAAACGUAUAAAAACUCUGACCAUGAAAAACAUCGAAAAAAGUUAAAAACGGACUUUGACUUGGAGAAGAAUAAGAGCAAGACGAAUAUACAUGACGAUAUAAAAUUUAAGACACGUGACAAAGUACAAUUGAAGUUGCAUGAGAAGAAAAGUAGUUCACAGGACAAGAGACAAGUAACGUCAAAUGGCCAGAAAAAAACUAGGUCACACGACAAUGUUCACGCAAAACCAACAACAGAAAAGACAGCUGUAUUGCGUUAUGAAAAGAAGAGUAAGACGUCACAAGAUAUUGAGACAAGACUCGGGGUGAAGCUGAAAAAAUGUAAUGUUUGUGACAAAAAAUUUGAACCUCGUAUUCUCGAGCGACACCUGCGCUCACAUACCGGCGAGCGUCCAUAUUUGUGUGACCAGUGCCCGUUUAGAUGUUCACAGAUUGGAAAUCUCAACAAACACAGAGCAAUUGUUCACUGGAAGAUGUCCGACAAGACGAGAGAGCGUGUCCUUCAGCACAAAUGUGAUAAGUGUCAAAAACAGUUCUACGACUCGGCACAUUUGAAACGCCACGAAUUGACACACUUUGAUAAAACUGUGAAACAUUACGCAUGCCCAGUUUGUAAGAAGAAGUUCCGGUUCGACAGCGGUUUACAACGACACAUGCAGCUCCAUCAAGAGGGACUGAAGAUUCGCUGUGGGAUUUGUGACAGGAGAUUUUACGACUCUUCGGGGUUAAAAAAUCACAUGAAUCAGCACACAUAUGACCUGCCGUACAAGUGUGAACGCUGUCGAAUCUCGUUCAGUUCUCGUCAUGGCAUCAACAGACACAACUCCAUGCACAGAAAGGAAACGAGACAUGCCAGCUAGUAGUUCUAGAUCAGGGAAAUGCCCGCCAUAGUCUUUAGGGUGUCCACUCUGACCCGGCCCCAAGAAUUACCAUGACUACGAAGAAUGCCAACAUCGACCUUGAGAUUAGCCUACCCUGUCCCAGGGCUUAGUCAGAGCCCUGUAUGAACCCACCCUUAAGAAAUAAACCACAUGUAUUUAACAAACCACAGAGUCCACAUAUUCAAUUGCAAACUACUCGAUUAUUUAUGAUCUUGCAGAGCUAGUUUGCUGACAAAUCUCAGAGAAAAAAAUAAACUGUUAAUCACC